GGUGGCGGAUCCAAGAUGGCGCCGUGCGGACGUGUCCGGAGCCGCUGCCCGGGCCCGGCGCUGCUCCUGCUGCUGGCGCUAGCGGCGCGGCCGGCGGCGCCCGGCCCUGCUGCCGGCCUUCCCGGUCCUGGCGGUGCCCAGCCUGGAGCGGGGCAGCCGGCAGGGCCGGGCGCGGCUGCCCCGCGGAGUGCCCGCGGCGGCGGAUCGGGCAGCGGGUGGAAGCUGUCGGAGGAGGCGGUGUGCCGGGAGGACGUGGUGCGGCUCUGCUCCAAGCACAGCUGGGCCAACAACCUCGCCGUGCUCGAGUGUCUGCAGGACGUCCGCGAGCCAGAUAAUGAAAUCUCUUCAGACUGCAAUCACCUCUUGUGGAACUACAAGCUGAACCUGACUACAGAUCCAAAGUUUGAAUCCGUGGCCAGAGAAGUCUGCAAGUCCACUAUUGCUGAGAUAAAGGAGUGUGCAGAUGAACCAGUUGGUAAAGGGUUCUUGGUGUCAUGUUUGGUGGAUCACAGAGGUAAUAUCACUGAGUACCAGUGCCAUCAGUACAUCACUAAAAUGACAGCCAUUAUCUUCAGUGAUUAUCGGUUGAUCUGUGGCUUCAUGGAUGACUGCAAAGCUGACAUCAAUCUCCUGAAAUGUGGCAGCAUUCGACCUGGAGAAAAGGAUGCUCACUCACAAGGAGAGGUGGUGGCAUGCCUGGAAAAAGGCCUGGUAAAAGAGGCAGAGGAAACUGAUCCUCGAAUCCAGGUUUCUGAUCAGUGUAAGAAAGCGAUUCUUCGUGUAGCUGAACUCUCUUCCGAUGAUUUCCACCUGGACCGGCAUCUCUACUUUGCGUGCCGAGAUGACAGAGAGCGAUUCUGUGAAAAUACUCAGGCUGGGGAAGGCCGGGUAUACAAGUGCCUCUUUAAUCACAAGUUUGAAGAAUCAAUGAGUGAAAAGUGUCGCGAUGCGCUGACAACCCGCCAGAAGCUGAUUGCCCAAGACUACAAAGUCAGUUACUCGCUGGCCAAGUCCUGUAAAAGUGACCUGAAGAAAUACCGCUGCAAUGUGGAGAACCUGCCCCGCUCUCGGGAAGCCCGGCUUUCCUAUCUGUUGAUGUGCUUAGAGUCUGCUGUGCACAGAGGUCGACAAGUGAGCAGCGAGUGCCAGGGUGAAAUGCUGGAUUACCGGCGCAUGCUGAUGGAAGACUUCUCGCUGAGCCCAGAAAUCAUCCUGAGCUGCCGAGGGGAGAUCGAGCACCACUGCUCCGGCCUCCACCGGAAGGGCCGCACCCUGCACUGCCUGAUGAAAGUCGUGCGGGGCGAAAAGGGAAACGUGGGACCCAACUGUCAGCAGGCACUUCAAACCCUGAUCCAGGAAACGGACCCCGGUGCCGAUUAUCGCAUUGACCGCGCGCUGAACGAGGCCUGCGAGUCGGUGAUACAGACAGCCUGCAAGCACAUACGGUCUGGAGACCCCAUGAUUCUGUCUUGCCUGAUGGAGCACUUGUAUACUGAGAAAAUGGUAGAAGACUGUGAGCAUAGGCUCCUGGAGCUCCAGUAUUUUAUAUCUCGUGACUGGAAACUGGACACAGUCCUCUACCGCAAGUGUCAGGGAGAUGCCUCCCGCCUCUGCCAUACCCAUGGCUGGAAUGAGACCAGUGAGCUGAUGCCUCCAGGGGCUGUUUUCUCCUGCUUGUACAGGCAUGCAUAUCGAACAGAGGAGCAAGGAAGGAGGCUAUCACGAGAGUGCAGAGCAGAGGUCCAGAGAAUCCUCCAUCAGCGAGCCAUGGAUGUGAAGCUGGACCCAGCCCUCCAGGACAAAUGCAUGAUUGACUUGGGGAAAUGGUGCAGUGAAAAAACAGAGACAGGGCAGGAACUGGAAUGCCUUCAGGACCAUCUUGAUGACUUGGUGUCUGAUUGCAGAGACAUAGUGGGAAACCUCACUGAGCUGGAGUCUGAGGACAUUCAAAUUGAAGCCUUGCUGAUGAGAGCGUGUGAGCCCAUUAUCCAGACAUUCUGUCAUGAGGUUGCAGAUAACCAGAUUGAUUCUGGGGACCUGAUGGAGUGUCUAAUACAGAACAAACACCAGAAGGAAAUGAAUGAAAAAUGUGCAAUCGGUGUUACUCAUUUCCAGCUGGUUCAAAUGAAAGAUUUUAGGUUCUCGUACAAGUUUAAAAUGGCUUGCAAGGAGGAUGUGCUGAAACUGUGUCCCAACAUCAAAAAAAAGGUGGAUGUAGUGAUCUGUCUGAGCACAACUGUGCGCAAUGAUACUUUGCAGGAUGCCAAGGAGCACAGGGUCUCUCUGAAGUGCCGCAAACAGCUGCGUGUUGAGGAGCUAGAAAUGACUGAGGAUAUCAGGCUUGAACCAGAACUGUAUGAGGCUUGUAAAAGUGACAUCAAGAAUUACUGCCAGAACGUGCCCUAUGGCAAUGCUCAGAUUAUUGAAUGCCUGAAAGAAAUCAAGAAGCAAUUGAGUACACGGUGCCACCAGAAGGUGUUUAAACUGCAGGAGACAGAGAUGAUGGACCCAGAACUGGACUACACUCUCAUGAGAGUCUGCAAGCAGAUGAUCAAGCGGUUUUGUCCAGAGGCGGAUUCAAAAAACAUGUUGCAGUGUUUGAAACAAAACAAGAACAGUGAAGUGAUGGAUCCUAAAUGCAAGCAGAUGAUUACAAAGCGCCAGAUUACACAGAACACAGAUUACCGCUUAAACCCCGUGCUCAGGAAGGCAUGUAAAGCAGACAUACCAAAAUUCUGCCAAAAUAUCCUGAAUAGGGCCAAGGAUGAUACAGAAUUGGAAGGACAAGUCAUCUCAUGCCUGAAGUUGAAAUAUGCAGACCAGCGUCUCUCUCCAGACUGCGAGGACCAAAUUCGAGUGAUAAUCCAGGAAUCAGCCCUUGAUUAUCGGCUGGAUCCCCAGCUUCAGAUGCACUGUUCUGAUGAGAUUUCCAGCUUGUGUGCAGAAGAAGCAGCAGCUCAGGAGCAGACUGGGCAGGUGGAAGAAUGUCUGAAAGUGAAUCUUCUGAAAAUAAAAACUGAGAUGUGCAAGAAGGAAGUGCUCAACAUGCUGAAGGAAAGCAAAGCAGAUAUAUUUGUUGACCCAGUGCUCCACACAGCCUGUGCCCUAGACAUCAAACACCACUGUGCUGCCAUACCGCCGGGGAGAGGACGCCAAAUGUCAUGCUUAAUGGAAGCUCUGGAAGAUAAGCGUGUGAGGUUGCAGCCUGAAUGCAAGAAACGCCUUAAUGAUCGUAUUGAAAUGUGGAGCUAUGCUGCAAAGGUUGCCCCAGCAGAAGGCUUUUCUGACCUUGCCAUGCAAGUUAUGACCUCUCCUUCCAAAAAUUACAUCCUGUCUGUGAUCACGGUUGGCAUCUGUGUACUCUUCCUCAUCGGCCUGAUGUGUGGACGCAUCACCAAGCGGGUGACAAGAGAGCUCAAGGACAGGUAGAGCCUGGAUUGCCUGCUGAAGAAAUGCCUGCCCAGUGCCCAGUUUUGUACAGCCCUCCUCUGUAUAGUCUACCCACCCCCUCUUGUGAGAGGAGAAAAAAAAAUUUAAAAAAAAAAAAAAAAAAUUAGAAAAGCAGCAGGUGUUGGCUCAGUUUUCCCAUCCUGGAUCUCAUCCAUGGCAUCUUCAUCCUAUGAAAGUUUGUGUGCAACAUUGGCAGCCCAGCCAGCAGCUUUUGUUACCCCUUUGUUAGCAGACUCUCGUUUACCUGCCUGUAGACAAGUCUCUGUUGUACUGUUGGAACUGCCUUCACUCUCCAAAUCAGACUGAUAUGACCUGCAGCUCAAGCAGUUUUUAAGUAAAUUUUUAAAGACAGACAUAUUCUGCAUACCGACUAUAUGAUUUAGGUUACGGUUCAUACUGAAAUCUCGUCAUCCUCUGUGGCUGGGUGAAGUUGAGGCAGGAAAUUAAAGGGUAAAUUGCAUCUUACACCACAGUUGGCCUUGUUUUGGACAUCUUGCUCGUCUGUGUAAAGCAUCUUCAGAGCAUAGUCUUGGACAACCUAAGGACACCAAUCACUGGUGUCAUCUCCUAGUGAAUAUCCUGCUUAUGUGACUGUGGAUUUUUUGGCUGAAAAGAUGUCCUCCCUUUCUUCCUCUGCUGCUCGCAAGAUAGAAUAAAAUACUGACCAGGAUUGAAUUCUCAUGUGAACUGUACAACCUGUAUUUCAGUAGAUUAAAGACACAAUGUAGACACAA